GAGACAGGCCCCAAGAUUAUAAGCAGCAACUCACGACCGAAGCCUGUGGCGUCUUUCCCAGUUGGCUUUGCUGGCUUGCUUUGCUUUUCUGACUGACUUCUGAAUCCAGAAUCGGUGGGUGUGAUAAAAAAAAUAUGGCAAGAAGAUAAGAGCCGAGAGCGAGCAGGAUCAAAUAAACACACAGCAGAGUCACAACGAGGGAAUAGAGGACGCGAGGGCGUGCGAUUUGUACAUAAUAAGACCUUAGAUAAAACGGAACGAGCUGUGGAUACAUUUACAUAUAUGGUGGAGAGGGCUUUAAGAGAGGAACGACAAGGUAUGCAUUUGGGAGAGCUAUGAGAUCGCAACCGACCCAGAGUAGGAGUGAGAGCAACGGGGUGGCCAAGGGGUGUAAGCCUAUAUUUUUCAUCAACAUGGGUAGGGGGGAGGUGCACCUAGUGAGGGGGCGUGAUGAGGAGACAGUGGCCGGGUUGUGCUUUGUACCGAUACAUCAAACCAUUUUCGGCCUGUGGGUAAGACGCGGUGGGCUCGCACUGAGUGAGUGUUUUGCUGUGGCAGAGCCAAAGAGGAGCGGCGCCCCGCACGCAAGGGAGAUUUGA